CGGAUUCAUCGGAGACGACGUCGACAAUUUCUGGUCGCGGAACAAGGUGCGAACUGCUGGAGCUACUGUGCAUGAAUUCGUUGGUGGUGAUGAUUGGAGAUGUACCCGCAGGAGGUGGGCUGCUAGCACCAUUAAUGUUGCUUACGUUCUCAGUGCAAGGAAUCUGUUUGGGCAGUGGUGACGGUGGUCGCAUCCGAGGUCGCGGUCGUGGGCGUGGGACUGGCCUCAGCUCAACCGUGGAUAUCUCGAUGGAAUCAGGUUUGAGCGAGGGUGGUGUUUCAAAAGAGGGGAACUGAGAUAUAUCUGAAACAGCAGCAGCAGCAGCGAUUUUAGUCGCAGUGGCGUUGGAGUUCGCUGCAGCGGAUGAUGUAAAGAUCGAU